CGGGCACGUUCGCCAGGUCUUCUGGGAAUUGUAGUCCAAGAUUCUGGCCGUCCGAGGGCAUUAGUUGCCGUCUGAGGUCCCAGAGAGGAUGGAUUCCGGGGUGGACGCGGAGCCGCUCGCGGGCCUGGUCUGGUCGUCAGCCUUGUCGCCGCCGCCGCCGGGUUUCAGCGCGAUCACCUCUACCGUGGAGGGCGCGACCGCCUGCUUCGGCCGCGGCUUCGCGCAGAAGGCCGGCUACUUCCUGUGCCUGAGCCCACUGGGCAGCCAGAAGAACCCUCAGGACAGUGUGGUAGUGGACAUGCAGAUCGUGAUGGACAAGGGCCCUCUGCCGUCUGGCUUUUCUACCGUCAACGACUCUCUAGAUGCCAAGGCCUCUGUGUCCAAGAAGAAACGCAUGUGUGUGAAGCUGAUGCCCCUGGGGGCUGCCGACAUGGUUGUGUGUGACGUGAAGCUGAGUGGGAAGACCAAGACAGUGCCCGGAUACCUGCGAGUGGGGGACAUGGGUGGUUUUGCCAUCUGGUGCAAGAAAUCCAAGGCCCCAAGGCCAGUGCCCAAGCCGCGCACUAUCAGCCAGGAUAUGCAGGGCCUGUCGCUGGACCCACCCAGACAACCGAGCAAAAGCAGCCACCCUGAGCGGACGCUGUCCAGACUAGGCUCCCGAGCAUCCACGCUGCGGAGGAGUGACUCCGUCUACGAGGCGUCCAGUCUCUACGGCAUCUCAGCCAUGGAUGGGGUUCCCUUUACACUGCACCCCCGAUUCGAGGGCAAGAGCUGCGGGCCUCUGAACUUGUCAGCCUUUGGGGACCUGACCAUUAAAUCACUGGCAGACAUUGAGAAGGAGUAUAACUAUGGCUUCGUGGUGGAGAAGACAGCGGCUGCGCGCCUGCCCCCCAGCGUCUCAUAGUCCCUGACUCAGGUGCUCCCUGCCUGCCACCUGCUGGCUGACACCCAGCCUUGCAGUGCAGCCCUGCAGCUUGGAGAUAGGGUCUCCUGCCUGGACAGCAUUUUCUCUUCACUUGUCAAGUCUUGUGUUUGGAGACUGCACAUGCGCCAACACUAAACAGUUCCUGGUACCC